AUGGAAGAGGACUACAUUGUGCGCGAGCUGGAUGUGGUGGUGUGCUCCGGCUCUCUGGGCACAGGCAGCCAGACGGUGCUACUGCAGUACCCGCUGCGUGGCGCCUCCAGGCCCUACCAGUCCAGCGGUGUGGAGGCCGUGCAGUACAAGCCCAAGAACAAGAGGCUCCAGGUGGUGAAGGGCAGGCACCAUGUGCACUUUGAUGCUCUAUUGGCAGCCAACCUGAUGGACGUGCGACUGGACACAACGAUCCCCGAGUACAACGACAAUGUGGAGCCCACACGCCUGCUGAAAAAGCUCACCCUGCAGUCCUCCAGCGUGGAGUGCGGCACCUCCCUGGCGGCAGCCUUUGUUGAGGGCGACAGGCUGAUACUGCUCCCCAUCGACGAGGCCAUGCAGCUGCGCCCCUCCAUGGCGCACCUGGACGCAGAGAGGGAGGGUGGGAAGAAAGCGGCGCCCAAGGAGGAGGAGGGCCCCGACGCUGGCGUCCUGAUGCCCGUCAUGGUGCAAGUGAAGAAGCGGGAGACAGAGGCCCAGCUGGAGGCGCGUUUGCGCUCCUUCGCCCACAUCACCGCCCAGGAGGCCGCCGAGGAGUGGGUGGGCCUGCAGUACCAUGAUGACAUGUCCGAGACCUCCCAGGGCAUCGCCCAGAAGCUGGCCGCCGCCGACGCGCAGCCGGCGCUGCACCCCAUGCGCGCCGGGGACUACCUGGCGGCGCUGGUCCCGGACCCCGACCGCGAUGGCGCCGGGGUUGCGGGCAUGGGCCGCGCGCUGGGGCCCCUGUUCCACCACAGCCCGGUGUGCAACCUGGGCGCCAUCCGCGGUUACCUCCAGCGCAGCACGGCCGAGCCCGGGCUGGCGGCGGCCGUGGCGGCGGCCAGCGACGCCGCGCUGCACAUGGGUGUUCUGGCCACCGGCCUGGUCCUGGAGAUCCGGCGGGCCUACGUCCUGCGCAGCCUGGGCUCGCCCGCGCUGGACCCGCUGCGCGACCUCCUGCUGGGCCUGCUGGCGGGGAGGGAGGCGCUGAAGCGCGGCGACAUCAUGGAGGCGGCGCGCGCGGCGGGCAUCCCGGUCACCGACGGCCUCUACUCCAAGGUGGUGCGCGACAUCUGCGUGUCGCGCGGGUCCACCUGGAGCCUGAAAGUCACGUGA